GGACGUACAUCCCUUACCACUUCUACUCCGGCUAUCUCUGUACUGGAAGCUGUGAGAGCGAAGGGCCGUGGUUUGAUGAGCAAAACCAGAGAAGUUGGUGGUGCACGAGAAGGAAGCUCAUCUCCUUUUGCAUCGUUCACGGGCUUCACACCAUUUGCCACGAAACAGCGCAAAUCUGGAGUUUCUACUCCUUUGUCACGUUUUGCCAAGGUACCGUCUACAUCAUCGGCUAGUGCAGCUUCGAGUUCGUCAAAUAUCGGAAAGAAAUCUAUGUCGACCACUAACCUCGUAGAAGAUCGCGCUAAAGCUGGACCUAGUGUAGCUUCAACAGGUCAAGCAGCAUCGGCGGAGUCUUUGCAACACCAAACUCAGUCACUCGAAAAUCUUCUUGCUCGAGCCAAUCCUCAUAAGUUUGGAAGAAUAGCAGAGACCAUGGAAAGCGGUGCUGAGACACCAGAGCCGGGUCACGAAACCCCAGUAGCCGCUGAAACUGAAGAAAGCGAUUCUGCGACUAGCGCUGCUGGCUCUCAUGCUGCAUUGUCUGUAUGCUCAUCGCAGUCGUCCGUAGUGGAUGCGACUCCUCGCGAUGGUGCUACCCCAUCUGCACCUCAGGUUGACUCCUCGAAAUUGAGCAGUCUUUCUGUGUCCGCGCCAGACUUGGCUGCUGCUCGUCAACGGCAGCAAUCCAGUGAUACCUUUGAGAUGGACAAAACCGUUGAAGAAGACGAGGAACAGGAAGGUGAAGAUGAAGAGGAAGAAGAAAGUAAUGAGAAGGUGAACUUUGCUGACAUGAUGGUGGAUGCGUUAAACAACACCUCGGAGAGGAGCCUCUUUGAGAAACUUCGCGAAGUUUUCGGCACAGAAGACUCUCUCGAACAUCUCAUAACGUCUUCAUCCUCAAGUACUGAAAUGGGUGAGGUCACCGCUCCAUCAACUUCUACAUCAGCUUCGCAAAAGAGCAUCAAGAAAGACAAAACCUCUCUCAAGCAAAAACUUGGCAACUACGCCGAUGUGUUGAAGGGGAUCAUGCAAACGGUUUGGAUUUAUUUUCGUUGUUUUCACUUCUCUUGUCAUGUAAUAUAG